AGUCUAAUUAGCAUUAACAGCACUUGCACGGAGAUGGGCAAUUUUGACAAUGCUAAUGUCACUGGAGAAAUAGAAUUUGCCCUUCGCUAUUGCUUCAAAACCUGUUCUUUAGAAAUAUGCAUCAAGGCCUGUAAGAAUCUUGCCUAUGGAGAGGAAAAGAAGAAAAAGUGCAAUCCGUACGUAAAGACCUAUCUACUGCCUGACAGAUCCUCCCAGGGAAAACGCAAGACUGGAGUCCAAAAGAACACGGUGGAUCCAACAUUUCAGGAGACCUUGAAGUACCAGGUGGAGCCCGGCCAGCUGGGGACCCGGUGGCUGCAGGUCUCUGUGUGGCACCUGGGCAUGCUCACCCGGAGGGUGUUUCUUGGAGAGGUGACCAUCCCUCUGGCCACAUGGGACUUCGAAGACAGCACAACACAGUGUUUCUGCUGGUAUCCACUGAGGGCCAAGGCAGAGAAACUUGAAGACAGCAUUCUUCCCAGUAAUGGAGAACUUGCAGUCCGGGCCAAACUGGUCUUCCCUGCAGGGCCCAGAAAGCUCCAGGAGGCCCAAGAAGGGACAGAUUGGCCAUCCCCGAACGGUCAGCUUUGCUUGGUCGUGCUGGGAGCCAAGAAUUUGCCCGUGCGGUCAGAUGGUACCCUAAACUCAUUUGUUAAGGGCUGUCUCACUCUGCCAGACCAACACAAACUGAAACUGAAGUCCCCAGUUGCGAAGAAGCAAGCUUGUCCCCAGUGGAAGCACUCCUUCGUGUUCAAUGGCGUGAGCCCUUCCCAGCUGAGACAGUCAAGCCUGGCAUUAACCGUCUGGGACCAGGCCAUCUUUGGUGUGAACGACCGCUUGCUGGGGGAAGCCUGGCUCGGUUCUAAGGAAGCCGGAGCUGGUGGUGAGGACUCAGGCUCACCGUCAGAGCGUCAGUGGCAGAAAGUUCUUUCUAGCCCCAAUCUGUGGACAGACCUGACACUCAUCCUGCACUGAAGCCAGGGUUCCAGUCUGUGGUGAGAGUUUAGUGCCGCAGGCCUGACGGUUAGCUGAGGCCGUGGGCACGGACACUCGCCGUCUGCAGCUCUGUCCCGGAGCCCGCACGUUCUUCCACAUCCCUGUGUGUACAGCACUUGUUGCUAUUGUAUAAAUAGGUCUGUUUGGUUUUCUGUGCUUUGAGACAUGUGGAAAACGGCCAGAUUUCAAUAAACGUUUGUUACCUCUG